AUGGGAUUCGCUGAUGGAAAGCGAAACGUACGACAGGGUCAGUUCACCGACAGUGAAAUCCUGGUGUUGCUGGGCGAGAACGGCACGGGCAAGACGACAUUCAUCCGACUGCUGGCCGGCAGAGACCGACCCGACAGCGGCUCGGCAGACGUGCCCGUGCUCAACAUCAGCUACAAGCCACAGAAGAUCAGUCCCAAGUACAAUGGCCAGGUCCGCUCCCUCCUGCAUGACAAGAUCAAGGACGCCUACAUACAUCCACAGUUUGUGACAGACGUGAUGAAGCCGAUGAAGCUGGACGACAUAAUCGACCAGGAGGUGCAGAAUCUGUCGGGCGGGGAGCUGCAGCGUGUCGCGAUGGCACUCUGCCUCGGCAAGCCGGCUGACGUCUACCUCAUCGACGAACCAUCCGCCUACCUCGACUCCGAACAGCGCUUGGCCUGUGCCAAGGUCAUCAAGAGUACAGUUUGUACAAUUCAUCAAGGUGAUCAGAUCCAGCGCAAAUUAUUGGAAAAGAAACAGAAAGAGUUGGAUGAUGGCUACCUCAUCGACGAACCAUCCGCCUACCUCGACUCCGAACAGCGCUUGGCCUGUGCCAAGGUCAUCAAGAGAUUCAUCCUGCACGCAAAGAAGACAGGCUUCGUGGUGGAACACGACUUCAUAAUGGCGACGUACCUGGCCGACAGGGUGAUCGUGUUCGAGGGCAUCGCGUCGGUGAGCACGACGGCGCACUCGCCUCAGUCGCUGCUCGCCGGCAUGAACCGCUUCCUCGAACUGCUCGGCAUCACUUUCCGUCGCGACCCCAACAACUUCCGGCCUCGCAUCAACAAGGAGAACUCGGUCAAGGUCAGUGCCGCCGCCCCACUAACUCAGUCAAGCUCUAGCAACUUAAAUCCUGAUUUCUCAAUGGUUUUAUUCAUUUUUAUAUUAUAUUUUCAUAAACAUCAUUUAUAUGCUUCGCACUAGCCAACUUCUGUUUAU